ACUAGCCUCUUCUGAAAAACCAAGGAGAAAGCAGAACGGCAUUGUUUGGUCUGAAUUUCAAAACGGGGAAGACGAUGCGUUACGCAUUGGACUUAUUGUUACUGAACAUGCUCUGCUGGGGUGGACAAGCUCAAGAUGUUGUGCUGACAACUGAGCCCAACUGGUCCACGUUUUAUUUGGGAGAGUCUGUUACCUUCAGAUGUUACGUGAACGGAGGAGAAGAGACGAACUGGGAAUACAAAAUCACCAGGAGGAGUGAAGAUACUUUUGCCUACGACUUACAGAAAAGCUACACGCUAGAAGACCUGAAGAUCACUGAAUUCCAGUGCUCUGCUCGCAGGAGAGGAGUCUAUAAAAAGAGCAAAACUAUCUAUUUGAUUGUUUUAGCGGAGAAACCCAGAGCUACGCUGACAGCAGGUCCAACAACCAUACCAGUAGGGGGCAGUGUGACACUGAGAUGCUUGAUAGAGAGCUCCAUCAGCACAGGUCAUGAAGAAAACAGAGCCAUCACUGUGAAACAAGGAGGAAUCUACUGGUGUGAAGGACAGAGAGAAAAACCACCAUUCUACAGCCGACCCAGCCACGACGUCACCGUUAAAAAAACUUUAUCCAACAAGGUUGUAGUGUCCUGCCAGCCAAACGGCCCCCAUAUCAUCAUUGGUGAGACGAUCACUCUGACAUGUGAGGUCCAGGGAGGAGAAACCGCUGCGUGGGUUUGUGACUGGAGGAGAUCUGGGUCAUUCAUACACAGGACAAGCAGUAAAGACUGGACUUUCAGAGUCUCUGAGUCCAGCAGUGGAGACUACAUGUGUCAUUGCAGGAGAAGAGAUGACUGGUAUGCUUUGACAAGGUGGAGUGAAAAUAUCACACUGUCUGUAUCAGUUUCCAAGAAGGUUUUUGUGACUCGACAACCAAACUGGCCUCAGAUAUUCAGUGGUGAGUGGAUCACUCUGACAUGUGAGAUCCAGGGGAGAAACACUGAGUGGACGUGUGACUGGAGGAGAGACGGGUCGGUUAUCCUCAGGACAGACAGUAAAGCCUGGACUUUUAGAGUCUCUGAGUCCAGCAGUGGAUGUUACAUGUGUCAAUGUAGAAGAAGAGACGACUGGUUUUCUUCAACAAGGUGGAGUGAAACUAUCAAACUGUCUGUUGCAGGUAGACCAAAGGUCCAGUUGAGUGCCAACAGCCUGGAGAUACCAAGCAGAGUAACUCUGACCUGCUCAGUGACUCCAUCAUCUAUUGGCUGGAAAUAUUACUGGUACAGAGAUGAGAAACCUGAUGAACCUCUGAUGACACAAGAACCCGUUUUCUCUCCAAAUGAACAGAUGGGUGUCUCAGAGAAAAGCCUGCACUGGUGCAGAGGAGGAAGAGGAGAACCAGUGUACUACACAGACUACAGCGAUCCAAUCACAAUCAGUAGUAAUGUAACUGUAUCCAAUCCUGUCAGCUUUUCAAUUCAUGUGAUGUUGAUCGUUGGACCAGUUAGUGGAGUGGUUCUCAUUGUCCUUCUGCUAUUGUGGCGGCGUCACAGAUGGUCCAUGGAUUUGUGCAGCAUCAGGUUAUUUCAGUCUGAAAGCAGCAGUCAGAGUCCAGCCACUAAUCCUGGAGGGAACCAGAUUGAAAGUCAUUACAGCUCCCUGCUGCACGGCACCACGUCUGUGUAUGAGACAGUCCAUAACCGACCGCCGCAGGAAACGGAAACUGGAGUCCAGCAGCAACAGAUGCUCCAGUUUUUAUUCUCAGAUCAGGAAAAGUUGUGGACAACACUGCCGCCCCGCAGGCUGCUGCGUUAUUCUGCAAAAAUGGAUGCAUUUUUUAAACAGAACAACAGAGUCAAUGGUGAAUUUGUGGAUGGGACAGACUUUUAUUUUAUCUUAACUUCUGUCAUGUUUAAUAUUGAUAAUGCCAAUAAGAUAUCAACCUUUAUUUCAGUGCUGAGAACAUUUCUCUGCUAUGGACAAACUCAAGGUAGCUGGACAGCUUUUAACCUUUUUUCCAAUAAUGUACCUCCAUUUUUUUUCUUUAUCAUAUUCUGUUAUUUAUCUAUUUUGUUUCCAUUAACAGCAGACAGACCCAUGGCCACACUGAGAGUAGGUUCAACAACCAUACCAAUAGGGGGCAGUGUGACACUGAGCUGCUCAGUGGAGCCCUCUGCUGGAUGGAAAUACAGAUUGUUCAGACAGACCUCAGACACACCUGAAGUUCAGGUGAGAACAAAUAAUGAGGGAAACAGAGACAUCACUGUGACACGAGGAGGAAUCUACAGGUGUGAAGGAGAGAGAGGAAGAGCAGAAUCCUACAGUGGAUCAAGUGACGAGGUCACCGUCCAUAUAAGCUUUUCCAAUGAGGUUGUUGCAACUCGACGACCAAACUGGCCUCAGAUGUUCAGCGGCGAGACGAUCACUCUGACAUGUGAGGUGCAGGGAGGAGAAACCACUGAGUGGACGUGUGACUGGAGGAGAUCUGGGUUGGCGUCUCACAGGGCAUAUGGUAAAGUCUGGACUCUCAGGCUCUCUGACUCCAGCGGUGGAGACUACAUGUGUCGUUGCAGGAGAAGAGACGACUGGUAUUCUUCAACGAAGUGGAGUGAAGCCAUCACACUGUUUGUGUCAGACAAACCCACAGCCAAACUGAUGGUAGGUCCAACAACCAUACCAGUAGGGGGCAGUGUGACCUUGAGCUGCUCAGUGGAGCCCUCUGCUGGAUGGAAAUACAGAUUGUUCAGUUGGCCCUCACACACACAUGGAGUCCAAGUCAGAACUAACAAUGAGGAAAACAAAUAUUUCACUGUGGCACAAGGAGGACUCUACAGGUGUGAAGGAGAGAGAGGAAAUCCUAAAUUCUACACUGAAUCAAGUGAUGAUGUCACUAUCCAGAUAAGCUUUUCCAACGAGGUUUUCGUGGCUCGACAACCAAACUGGCCUCAGAUGUUCAGUGGUGAGUUGAUCACUCUGGCAUGUGAGGUCCAGGGAGGAGAAACCACUGAGUGGACGUGUGAAUGGAUGAGAUCUGCGUCGGUCAUACAGAGGACAGACAGUAAAGACUGGACUUUCAUUGUGUCUGAGUCCAGCAGUGGAGACUACACGUGUCAGUGUAGACCCAGAGAUGAUGGGCUUUCUUUAACACGAUGGAGUGAAGCCAUCACACUGUCUGUAACCAAAGGCCGAUUGAUUAGUAAUAGCAGAGAGAUACCAACAGGAGGCAGAGUGACUCUGACCUGUACAGUGGACUCAUCGUCAACCGGUUGGAAAUAUUUCUGGUACAACGAGCAAAACUUCACAGAUCCUCUGACCCGAAAAGAAACUGUUUUCCCUUCAAAUGGACAAAUGAGUGUCUCAGAGGAAGGACUGUACUGGUGCAGAGGACGAAGAGGAAAACCAGUUUACUACACGGACUACAGUGACACAGUCAGCAUCACUAAGAAUGUAACUGUGUCCAGUCCGGCCAGCUCUUCAUUUCCUGAUGUUUAUCAUUGGACCACUUGUUGGAAUCAUCCUCAUCAUUCUCCUCCUCUUGUUGUGGCGUUACAGACUGUCAAAGGAUUUGUCCUGUCUUGUCAUUCCAGUCUGAAAGCAGCAGCCGGAGGCCGACCGCUAAUGGAGCGAACAAGACGGAAGGUGAUUACAGCUCUCUGCUGCACGAUGGACAUCUAUUUACUUGAAGGCGAGAAAAAGACAUUAUUUCAGGUCUUUUGUUGUAAGAUGAACUUAUUUUUGUUUUUAUUAGCUGCAGAUAGACCCAAAGCCAAACUGACUGCAGGUUCAACAACAAUACCAGUAGGGGGCAGUGUGACCCUGAGCUGCUCAGUGAAGCCCUCUGCUGGAUGGAAAUACAGAUGGUUGAGAAGGACCUCAGACUCUUCUUUAGAUAAAUUCAUCACAAAUAAUGAAGAAAACAGAGUUAUCACUGUGACACAAGGAGGAAUCUACAGGUGUGCAGGACAGAGAGGAAAUCCUGCCUUCAUCAGCCGUCAAAGCCACGACGUUACCAUUAAAACAACCUUUUCCAACAAGGUUGUCGCAACUCGACGACCAAACUGGCCUGAGAUGUUCAGUGGUGAGUCGAUCACUCUGACAUGUGAGAUCCAGGGAGGAGAAACCACUGAUUGGACGUACGAAUGGAGACCAACCAAUAGAAACUCUCUACCGUCUAGUGAAUACAGGAUCAGCUACAUUACUGAGUCUGACAGUGGAGAAUACAGCUGCAGAGGAAUCGGAAACUAUGAACUAACAGAGUGGAGUGAUGCUGUCAGACUGACUGUGACAUCGUCUCGCCCUCAGCCUGUCCUCUCUGUGUCUCCAUCAUGGCCGAAUCCUGGAGCCUCAGUGACUCUGAGCUGUGAGGGUUUGGAGCAUCAAUCAGCAGGAUGGAGGUUCUUCUGGUAUAAAGCUGUUCCAAACCCAAACAGCACUUUCUACAGAGCUGAACUGCUUCCUGACAGCAUCAAUGGGACUGAGCAGAACUCCUUCAUCAUUAAUGGACCGACUCAAACAGCAGGAUAUCAGUGCAGAGGAAGAGGAGAACCAAAGUUUUACACUCGUUACAGUAAAGUAAAGUUUAUCUGGUCUGCAGAUCCUGGUCCAGCAGCUUCUCUCUCAGUGAAUCCUGACAGAGUUCAACACUUCAGAUCUGACUCUGUGUCUCUGAGCUGUGAGGGAAACUUUACUGAGUGGAGAGUGAGGAGGUUCACAGAAAACAGGACGACUGUCAGACUUUACUGCUCCCUCUGGGGGACAAUGACUGGAUCUACAUGCACCAUUGAACCGUACUAUUAUAAUAAUGGAGUUUACUGGUGUGAGUCAAAAUCUGGAGAGUUUAGCAACGCUGUCAACAUCACUAUUCAGAAUGAUUAUUAUGAUGGUAUAAUCCUGGUGAGCCCUGUUCAUCCUGUGACUGAGGGAGAUCCUGUGACUCUGAGCUGCAGAGAUAAAAAACAAAAUUGUCUCUCCAAUGUGUUUUUCUAUCACAAUGAUAAACUACUCAAUAAUGACAGCAGAGAGGAGCUGAAGAUCUCUGCAGUGUUAAAGUCAGACGAAGGUUUCUACAAAUGUCAACAUUCAGGAAAAGAGUCACUAAAGAGCUGGAUGUCUGUUAGAGUAACUGUGUCCAGUCCUGCCAGCUAUUUAUUUCUGGUGCUGUUGAUCGUCGGACUAGUUGUUAAAAUCGUUCUGUUUCUCCUCCUGCUCUUGUUCUUGUGCUGCAGACGGAACAACGAAGCAGGUGAACCCAGAGCUCCUGUGUACUCCAUGAUUGAAUUGAGAAACUUCAGGAAAAACUGCUCAACGCCAACCUAUGCUAACAUCAAUCACAAAAAGUGGAAG